AUUGCACUCCAGGAAACGCGCUGGCCGAAUGAGGGUAUACUAUCCAAAAAUAAUUACGCGAUGUUCUAUGGGGGAGGCAAAGGAGGCGCACUAGGAUCUGGUUUUCUUAUAAACAAGCGAAUUUUACAAGCGGUUACUGAUGUCCAGUUUGUUAGCGAUAGAUUAUCGUAUAUCAUAUUAAAAAAUAGUACGUACAAACAGGCGAUCAUAAACGUGCACUGCCCGACCGAAACAACAGACAAAAAUGAAAUCGAUAAUAUUAAAGACUUAUACUAUGAAACGGUUGAACAAGUCUAUGAUAGAUUCUCGUCGUAUGAUGCAAAAAUAGUACUGGGGGAUUUCAAUGCGAAAAUUGGGAAAGAAUCGAUAUUUAGACCCACGAUAGGGACAGAAAGCUUACAUGACUUUAGUAACGACAACGGGACUAGACUAAUUAGCUUCGCUACGUCAAAAAAUCUCCUUAUUAAAAGGACCUAUUUCAAAUACAGAAAUAUCCAUAAGAUGACGUGGAAACAUCCUGACGGUCACACGUACAAUCAGAUAGAUCACGUUCUAAUAGAUAAACGCCACCAUACGAAUAUUCUCGAUAUAAGAUCAUAUAGAGGAGCAGACGUGCACUCGGACCACUUCCUCGUAGUAGCCAAACUACGAUUCAGGCUAGCGAUAAAUAAGAACACCAACGUCGUAGCACCAAGUGUUCGGUUUGAUAUAGAGAAAUUAAAAAACGAUGUGAGACAAGUAACCGGCUAUCAAUUAGCGAUUUCGAAUAGGUUCAAAGCAUUCAUUGGUUCAAACAAACAUUGGUUUGACGAAGAGUGCGAACUUUGGUUUGAGGAGCGGUCAAAGGCCCGAAUAAUCAGCCUUCAAAACAAAUGCGUCGAAACCCAUAGGAAAUACAUUGAAAUCUGUAAAAAUACAAGUAGAUUCUACAGGCGUAAGAAAAGAGAGUGGGAAAAGAACGAAAUACUAGCAAUCGAAAAUCAUAAAAAACAAAAUAAUACACGCGAAAUGUACCGGGGGAUCAAUUCUAUAAGAAAAGGCUUUCAAAGUAGAACCGAUGUAAUACGGGAUGAAAAUGGCAACUUAGUAGCCGAUGCGACAGAAGGACUAAAUCUAUGGAAAAACUAUUUCGAUAAAUUACUCAAUGUACGCGAAGCCCCCGCCGAAAACAAUGACUACGAUGAUAUCCACACUGCUGAACUCCAAGUCGAUGAACCUUCUGAUGAAUAA